UGUGAGACCGACCCAGACGCUACGUUCCCUUCUCUCUUGGCAAAAAUAGAAAUAAAAAAAUAUUUUUUUUUAAAAAUUCCCUUUUUAUAAUUAAACCACACAACUGCGCCAACGUUGCUUUCCCUAUACUUCAUCUGGUUGAGAAGUUCUCUCUUUUGCAGAGCAACAAACUCUCUCUCGAAAAACUUUAACUCAGUUUUGUAAGCUUGACCUGAUCACCAUGGAAGAAACUAACCAAUGUUUCUCUGAAAAUUUCUGAGCCUGUUAGACUUAAAAUUGGGUUGAUUAACUAAGUGGGUACUUAUUAUUUUCAAGAAAUUGAACUCGGUAUUUUUCAGAAUUUCGAACUUGGCUAGUUUUUUUCCCCUAUGGAGCCAAACACAGGGACGGCGGAAACCAGAUCUAAUGGAACGGCGUCGGAUGGGGACGACGUUGCGGCGCUCGAAUCGCUCCAAUUUACAGACGAAAUCCACCGUUUGAUCUCGGCUACGACAACCAAUAAUGCGAGUUCCUUCACGGCUCUGCUUGAACUCCCGGCUCCGGAAGCGGUUGAGCUUCUUCACUCUCCUGAAUCGGCUAAGCUUAUGGCGGCUCCGGCUCCGAAUAUUGAAGAUUUCAAAGCCAGCUUUCAUUUUCCUUCUAAUAGUGGUUUGAUUGAACGAGCUGCGAGGUUCUCUUUGUUUGCUGGGGUGGGUAACAACAACAAUAAUACGAGCAACUCGCCCGAAACGCCGUCGAACAAUCCAAGCGCGAAUCCUCAGAAGGCAGUGAAGAGUGAGCCGGCGGAGACCGAGUCAUCUGAGCCGUUGGUUUCUGAUCCAACGGUGGAGAAGCGGUGUAUCAAGAGAAAGGACCGAGAAAAGAAGGUUAAAGGGUCAACCAAGAAAAGCAAAACCGCGAUGAAUGAGAGCUCAGAGGACGCCGAGAAGCUACCUUACGUUCAUGUCAGAGCUCGUCGCGGACAAGCAACUGACAGCCAUAGCUUAGCAGAGAGAGCCAGGAGAGAGAAAAUUAAUGCACGAAUGAAGCUACUACAGGAAUUGGUACCUGGAUGCAGUAAGAUUUCUGGUACGGCAUUGGUAUUGGAUGAAAUCAUCAAUCAUGUGCAGUUCCUACAACGUCAAGUGGAGAUCUUAUCAAUGAGACUUGCAACAGUGAACCCAAGAAUUGAUUUCGACCUUGAUAGUAUAUUCACAACAGAAAGUGGAUCUCUAAUGGAUAGUAAUUUCCCCAGCAUGGUUAUGCCUCUGGUGUGGCCUGAGGUUCAGGUCAAUGGAAACAGACAACAGUAUCAGCAGCAAUGGCAUUUUGAUGCACUUCAGCAGGCUGUUUGGGGGAGAGAAGAAGUCUGCAAUAAUUACAUUACUCCAGAGAACUCUCUUUUAAGUUAUGACUCCUCGGCAAAUUCAGCGACGUUGCACUCAAAUCAAAUGAAAAUGGAGCUAUGAAACGUCACUCAAAUCAAAUGAAAAUGGAGCUAUGAAGUUCGAAUAAGUUCCAACGGUUAGAUUUAUGGAAAAACUGUUAAAGUGGUAGCUAGUAUUGUAUAUAUCAAAUAUUAGAAAUUAGCAGGAAGUAGAGGAGAGGCCUCACCAUUUAUCUUUGGGUUUCCAUGUCUUCUAUUUACCCCAGUCAGUUGGAAAUCAAAGGAAACCUUUGAUUUCUCAGGACUGGAGACAAGAAAUGUCAGUAUGCUGUUAUUAAAUAUAUAUAUAUAUAUAUAUAUAUAUACUAACUCAGAGUCAUUCAAUCUAAUACUUCAGUUGCGAGGUUGAGUUGAUUCAUAUAGUAAAAUCAUAGAAUGAAAGUAUGAUUAAACUAUUAUGGAAGUCGGCUUCUUUUGUUCAGUAUAUAUGCUGUCUGUCAUCUUUUUAAUUUUUAUAUAUGUUGAAGACAUAAAGAGGCUUUUGUUGAUUGUAGAACCUUAAGUAUUCCUUCUCACCUGACUCUCCAUUUCAACCAUCUUUAUUGUUAUGUUGAAAAGUCAGUCUGCUAUAUUUGGCUGAAUUUAGCUGUGACUGAUCUGACAAUUCCUCUCUUGUGAAAUAUUAAUAAUUUAUAUAUUUAUGUUGUGUUUAAUAUGAAAUGAAAAGGCAGUUUGAAAACCAUUCCUAAUCCCAUUAAAAGCCCCAAAGAAUAGAGAACUUCAUAGUUGUGUUAGGCAUUACAUGUUGAGAAGAUGGAACUACUUGUACUAGAUUUCAGCUUUUUAAAACAAAUUUCUUGUUGUUUUGUAAUCAGUUAACCAUAGCAAAAAGCAACCCAAAAAAUAAUAU